AUGAGGUCUGUAAAUAUUCUCGGAGUUUUUAUGUUCAAAUUUAUUAAAGAAUCGUUCCGACCAAUUCAGAAACAAAAGUAUUCUACAAAAACAUCAGGUUUACUUAGUGAUAUUAAUGUACUGGAUCUAACAAGAAUUAUUGCCGGACCGUUUUGUACUAUGACUUUAGGGGACUUAGGCGCAUUUGUUAUCAAAGUAGAAAGUUUGGAUGGAGAUGAAGCCAGGAAGUGGGGACCACCUUUCGUGUAUAAUAACAAAGAUUCCUUCUAUUUUAUGUCUGUAAACAGGAAUAAGAAAAGUAUCUGUAUAGAUUUUAAAUCUGUAGAAGGCAAAAAUUUAAUGUACGAUCUAGCUAGAAAAUGUGAUGUAAUGGUCGAAAACUUUGUGCCCGGGAAACUGGACCAACUGGACCUGGGCUAUAAUAGGUUGAGUAAAAUCAACCCAAAGCUUAUAUACUGUGCUAUUACUGGUUUUGGUGCAACUGGACCAUAUGCACAAAAACCUGGGUAUGAUGUAAUAGCAGCUGCUAUGGGAGGUCUGCUUAACUCAACAGGGGAGAGAAAUGGCAACCCAGUGAAACCCGGUGUAGCAAUCACUGAUAUAACAACUGGAUUACACGCCUUUGGAGCAAUCAUGACGGCAUUGUACUAUAGAAAAAAUACAGGAAAAGGACAAAAGAUUGACUGUAAUCUACUAUCAACACAAGUCUCAAGUAUGAUUAACAUUGCUAAUAUAUAUUUAAAUUGUGGGAUUGAACCCCAGCGUUGGGGCACUGCCCAUGCAAAUAUAGUACCAUAUCAAGCUUUCAAGACAAAGGAUGGUGAAAUUAUUAUUGGAACAGGUUCUAAUGCCCAAUUUGCAGACCUGUGUAAACUUAUUGAUAGAAAAAGUUUGAUUAACGAUGAAAGAUUCAAAGACAACUCUGGAAGGGUAAAAAAUAGAGACGAAUUGAUUAAGAUUAUCAGUAAAGUUAUUGAGACAAAAACAAAGAAGGAAUGGAUGGAAGUUUUUAAAAAUGCCUCAUUUCCCAAUGGCCCAGUUAAUACAAUGAAAGAUGUGUUUGACGACGAGCAUGUAAAAGCUAUAGAAUUGGUAAAGGAAUUACCUCACCCAGAUGCAGGGACCAUAAAAGUUGUUGGACCUCCAACUGUUUACAGUGCGGGGGGUAAUAGUGUUAGAUCUGCUCCCCCCACUUUAGGAGAACACACAAAGGAUAUUCUAUCAAAUUUUCUGGGAUACCAUGAAGCUAAAAUCAAUGAUCUUUUUGAUAAAAAAGCUCCACUGGAACCGGUGGCCGUUAUUACACUGCGCCCAAAUCGCACGCAGACCCGCAAGAAAGUCGUCUGGACCGAGGACACCGUCGACAAUGAGAACAUGAAUAAAAAGAAAUCCAAAUGUUGCUGCAUAUAUGAGAAGCCGCGUCGCUUCGGCGAGUCUGACUCGGAAAGCAGCGACGACGAGUGCGAGCACUGCUUCGGUCACGUGGAGCAACGUCGUCAGAAGCGACAGGCCGGCGAGACCACCACGGAGUUGCAGGUGUCUUGUGUAGCUUCGGAGAGAACAGCAACAGUAACGCUCAAAACAGAAGAAGAUCGUCCCUCAUCCCCUGCGCCCCCCACUCCGCCCGCUACUUAG